UCAGCAAAACGGAAGUUUGCAGACUCCUUGAAUGAUUUCAAAUUUCAGUGCAUAGGCGAUGCAGAAACAGAUGAUGAAAUAUGUAUAGCAAAAUCCCUGCAAGAAUUUGCUACUGUUCUAAGGAACCUAGAAGACGAGCGCAUACGAAUGAUUGAAAAUGCUAGUGAAGUCCUAAUCACACCUCUGGAGAAAUUUCGAAAAGAGCAAAUUGGUGCUGCUAAGGAAGCCAGGAAGAAGUAUGACAAGGAGACUGAGAAAUACUGUGGAAUAUUAGAAAAGCACUUAAAUCUGUCUUCCAAGAAGAAAGAAUCUCAGCUUCAAGAGGCAGACAACCAGGUGGACCUGGUCAGGCAGCACUUUUAUGAAGUUUCUCUUGAGUAUGUCUUCAAAGUACAAGAAGUUCAGGAGAGAAAGAUGUUUGAGUUUGUGGAACCACUGCUGGCAUUUCUGCAAGGGCUCUUCACAUUCUACCACCAUGGCUAUGAACUUGCAAAGGAUUUCAGUGAUUUCAAGACAGAGCUGACAAUCAGUAUACAAAAUACAAGAAACCGUUUUGAAGGCACCCGAUCAGAAGUUGAAUCCUUGAUGGAGAAAAUGAAGGAGAAUCCUCAUGAGCACAAAAACAUCAGUCCCUUCACCAUGGAGGGCUACCUUUACGUUCAGGAAAAGCGUCAUUUUGGCACAUCCUGGGUAAAGCAUUACUGCACAUAUCAGAGUGAAUCCAAACGAAUAACGAUGGUGCCAUUUGACCAGAAGUCUGGUGGAAAAGGGGGAGAAGACGAAGCUAUUAUCCUCAAAUCUUGCACUCGACGGAAGACUGAUUCUAUAGAGAAGAGAUUCUGCUUUGAUGUAGAAGCUGUGGAUCGGCCUGGAGUGAUUACAAUGCAGGCACUUUCUGAAGAGGAUCGAAGGCUGUGGAUGGAAGCAAUGGAUGGCCGAGAACCAGUGUACAACUCAAAUAAGGACAACCAAAAUGAAGGCAUGGCCCAGUUGGAUAAUAUGGGUUUCAGCAUCGUUAAGAAGUGUAUCCAUGCUGUUGAAUCUAGAGGGAUCAACGAACAAGGACUCUACAGAAUAGUUGGGGUCAACUCCAGAGUUCAAAAACUAUUGAGUAUCUUAAUGGAUCCUAAAACUGCUGAGACAGAAGAUGACGUCUGUGCAGAAUGGGAAGUUAAAACAAUCACCAGUGCAUUGAAAACAUAUUUAAGAAUGCUCCCUGGGCCACUCAUGAUGUAUCAGUUUCAAAGAAGCUUCAUCAAAGCAGCAAAACUGGAGAAUCAAGAAUCCAGAAUUUCAGAGAUCCAUAGCUUAGUGCACAGACUUCCAGAGAAAAAUAGACAGAUGCUCUAUUUACUCAUGAAUCACUUGGCAAAUGUUGCUGAAAACCACAAACAGAAUCUUAUGACUGUCGCAAAUCUGGGAGUUGUUUUUGGACCAACGUUAAUGCGACCACAAGAAGAAACCGUUGCUGCAAUUAUGGACAUCAAGUUCCAAAAUAUUGUAGUUGAGAUUUUAAUAGAAAAUCAUGAAAAGAUAUUUAACACGGUGCCUGAUACUCUACAGUCAAAUUCUCAGCUGCUCUUAUCUCGAAAAAAGAGUACAGAUUCAAAGCCACCGUCCUGCAGUGAGAGGCCCUUAACUCUUUUCCAUACACUGCAACCCAAUGAAAAGCAGGAAAACAGAAACAGUAUAAUUAACUCCAGCCUAGAAUCGGUCAUAUCAUCAUCAAACACCAACAGUUUGCUCCAGUCCAGUAAUGCUGUUCAGCCUAACAAGAACUUAACUGAAUCUAAUAUAGAAGUUAUCAAACCCAACCGGCCAAAUUCACUCCCUCAGAAUCCAAGUCCAACGUCACCCCUUUCACCGUCCUGGCCCAUGUUCUCUGCACCAUCCAGCCCUAUGCCCACCUCCUCCACGUCCAGCGAUUCAUCCCCCAUCAGUUCUCCAUGCCGCAAAGCUAGAGCCUUGUAUGCUUGUAAAGCAGAACAUCACUCAGAGCUGUCCUUCACUGCAGGGACCAUAUUUGAUAAUGUUCAUCCAUCUCAAGAACCUGGCUGGUUGGAAGGGACCUUGAAUGGGAAAAUAGGAUUGAUUCCUGAGAACUAUGUGGAGUUCUUAUAACUGGACAUGUUCAUAAACAACCCUGCUGAGCUUUACAUGGUAUCCAUGACAACUGAUUAAGAGUAUUGUAGAUCAUUUGCUAUUUACAACUGUGAAAAGCAAGGUGAAGGACUCUGAUACCUGUUCAGAAGAAUGUUCAUGUAAAUAAAAAUGUAUGUUUCUCUUUAUGUAAUGUGUUGUUUGCACAAAAAUGCAGCAGACAAAGCUGGAGAAGAAACUAAUGAGGAUGAAGGGCUUCAGUGGAGAGUGUUCUACUGUGAGAAGUGUUAAUGCCACAUUUCAAAUUAUGUUUUGUCCUAGGCAAGAUAUUAAUAUGAUAUGUGUAAAUGUAGUAGCUUAAAUUGAGCAUGAUUACUGGAGACAAUAUAACUGGAAUUCUACAUACACACAGGUAUACAUUCUCCC